AAAGAGACAAUCCAAAUUUAUCAUAUAUAUACCCAACAAAACAUAUACUAUCUCUCCAAACAUUCACUUACAAAUAAUUUUUUUUAGAGAGAGAGAGCUGGGUUUUGAAAUGAAGGUUUAUGGUUGGAUUGCAAUAACCAUUUGUAUGGUGAUUUGUCUUAAUCCAUGCAUUUGUUUGGAAGAAACUAAUGGAGAGAGUUGCAAUAUAUAUGAAGGAAGUUGGGUUUCUGAUGAAUCUUACCCUCUUUAUGAUUCUUCAAAAUGUCCUCAUAUUCGUUUGGAAUACGAUUGCUUGAAAUAUGGAAGAACUGAUCAAGAGUAUCUCAAAUAUAGAUGGCAACCAACCAAUUGUAACUUAUCAAGUUUUGAUGGAAAAAGUUUCUUGACCAAAUACAAGGGAAAACAAAUCAUGUAUAUUGGAGAUUCAGUGAGUCUCAACCAAUGGCAAUCAUUUAUAUGUAUGCUUCAUUCCACUAUACCUAAUGCUACUAUAACACAAGUGGGUGGUGAACCCAUAACAAAUCACACAUUUCAGGAAUAUGGAGUUUCAGUUAUUGUCUACCAUAGUGCAUACUUGGUAGACAUUGAAAUGGAAAAAAUUGGUAGAGUACUAAAACUUGAUUCUCUUAAGAGUGGAGACAUAUGGAAAGAAAUGGAUGUUUUGGUUUUCAACACUUGGCUUUGGUGGUACCGCAGUGGUCCCAAACAACCAUGGGAUUAUGUUCAAAUAGGAGACAAAAUAGUGAAAGACAUGGACAGAAUGGAAGCUUUUAGAACUGGUUUGACAACUUGGGCUAAAUGGGUUGAUGCAGAUGUUGAUACAACAAAAACCAAAGUUUUUUUUCAAGGAAUUUCUCCUAUGCACUACCAUGGAGAAGAAUGGAAUGAGCCAGGAGUAACAAAUUGUGCAAAAGAGACAACACCAAUAAAUGGAUCAUCAUCAACAAGAGGAUUACCAAAAGCAUCAUAUGUAAUGGAAAGUGUUUUGAAGACAAUAACAAAGCCUGUUCAUCUUCUCAAUAUUACAGCUCUUUCAGAAUUGAGAAAAGAUGGUCAUCCUAGCUCUCAUAAUGGCUUCCAUGGCAUGGAUUGUACACAUUGGUGUGUAGCUGGGGUUCCAGAUACUUGGAAUCAACUUAUGCUUGAAUCAAUUAUUAAUUAGAAUUAGGUUAUAUUUCUAAUGGUUUUAGUGGAUGUUGUUACAAUUUAGUCCUUGAGAAAAAUUAUACUAUUAGGGAUCACAUAUAUAAGUAGUUUAAUCAAAAGUUACAGCUAAACAAAAGAUGUUGUUAGGAUAUUUUAUUUUGUAAUAACUCAAAAUCUCAUUGUUGGUGA